ACGAUUAAAAAAUUAAUUUUACUAGAUAAUAUAAAGUAGACUCUGAACUACUUUAUCUGUUGUGUACUAGUCAACACGGAAGUAACUUAAUUAUUUUUUUCAGUACCGUUACAUGUCAAUUAUUUUUUGACAUAUUAUCAUACUGGUAUUUAGUAAAAUUUUUUCAAUUUUGCAAUGGUUCGUGUAUUGGUUGGCGUUAAGAGAGUAAUUGAUUAUGCUGUGAAAAUUCGUGUAAAGCCCGACAAAACUGGUGUUGUAACUGAUGGUGUUAAACAUGGUCUUAAUCCAUUUGAUGAAAUUGCUAUUGAAGAAGCUGUUCGACUUAAAGAAAAAAAAGUGGCCACUGAAGUAAUUGCAGUGACUUGUGGUCUUCCACAAGCUCAAGAAUCUUUAAGAACUGCCUUAGCUAUGGGAGUAGAUCGUGGUAUUCAUGUAGAAAUACCACAAGCUCAAUAUGACACAUUACAACCUGUCCAUGUUUCAAAAAUAUUAACGAAAAUUGCACAGGAUGAAAAAAUUGAUAUGAUAAUUGUUGGUAAACAAGCUAUUGAUGAUGAUUCUAAUCAAACAGCUCAAAUGACUGCAGCCUUAUUAAAUUGGCCCCAAGCAACAUUUGCUUCUGAGGUUAAAGUUGAAGGCGGUGAAGCUACUGUAAAACGAGAAAUUGAUGGAGGUUUAGAAACAAUUAAAGUCAAACUUCCAACUGUUAUCAGUGCAGAUUUACGUCUAAAUGAGCCAAGAUAUGCUACUUUACCUAAUAUCAUGAAAGCAAAGAAGAAACCAAUUAAAAAAAUUACUCCAGUGGAUAUAGGUGUUGAUAUUACUCCACGGUUACAAGUGUUAAGCAUUGAAGAUCCUCCUACCAGGCAAGCUGGGUCAGUUUUACCUGAUGUUGAUGCUUUGAUCACAAAAUUAAAAGAAAAAGGUCAUUUAUAAAUUAAACAAUUUUAAAUUAAUAAGUGAUCAUUGACUCACAUGUUUUUUUAAUUGUAAUUAAAAAUUACCUAAUUUGAAAAAAUUAUUUAGUUAAUUUGUAGUUAACUUACAUGUCUUUUUUUAAUAAUAAUAUUAUAGCUAUAAACAUUGCUUUAUUUCUCAGAAAUAAAUGUAUAGAACAUAUAAAAAAUUGUAUAA